GCGCCUACAAAAUUCGCCAUCGCCGAAAAGUAGUGUCCGAAGUCUGAAUUUUGAUCAUUGAAGAUUUUCAAACUUCAAUAGUCCAUGGCGUUGUCAAAUUCCCUUUUCUUUCCUUCUUUUAACGCCGUCGACCUCCGACGUUCCACGGUUCCCGAUUCCGGCAUCGCCCCUUUUUUCACUUCUUUUGACUCUUCUAGAUUCCGCUGCAACUUUUCUCAGUGCGGCAUUAAGCCCAGUUUCUCUGCAAGAAAACGCAUUGUUUCUGCUGCUAACAAUGGUUUCAACACGGUUAAUUCAACUUCAUUGGGGACUGGCCAAGAUGAAGAUGAUUAUAUUCCAAUGCCAAUUGUUUUGAUUGAUCAAGAUUCAGAUUCAGAAGCAACAGUUGUGCAGCUGAGUUUUGGAGAUCGUUUGGGUGCUCUCAUUGACACGAUGAGAGCAUUGAAAGAUUUGGGAUUGGAUGUUGCAAAGGGAACUGUUGCCACUGAAGGACCAGUCAAACAAACAAAAUUUUUCAUCACACGAUUAGACAAUGGGCGCAAAGUUGAAGAUCCUGAUCUGUUGGAGAGAAUUCGACUCACCAUUAUAAACAAUCUUUUGAAGUACCAUCCAGAAUCCAGUGAGCGACUUGCUAUGGGGGAGGCUUUUGGAGUAAAGGCUCCAGAGAACAAGCUUGACGUCGACAUUGCUACUCGUAUACGUGUAAAGGAAGAUGGACCCAAGAGAAGUUUGCUUUCUAUAGAGACAGCAGAUCGACCUGGACUGCUGGUAGAGAUUAUCAAAAUCAUUGCUGAUAUCAACAUUGAUGUAGAAUCUGCAGAAAUUGAUACAGAGGUACCCCUUUCUUUGUUUUUAUAUGUUAUAUCUUGGUUCUGCAACUUUUUUCACCAUCUUUUGUUCUGUGUCUGUGAACUUCCUCAGGGAUUAGUAGCGAAAGACAAGUUUCAUGUCAGCUACAGAGGAGCAGCUUUAAAUAGUUCUUUGUCUCAGGUGCUGGUGAAUUGCUUGCGCUAUUACCUUAGAAGGCCGGAAACUGAUAUCGAUAGUUAUUAAUACUUGAAGGUGUGCUCUCCCUAUAAAUAAAAUUGUCUGGUUCUUGUACCAAAUCUAAUAUGAGCUCAUGAUAUCUAACAAUUCUUGUUUUUGAGCUCAUGAUUUAUAGAUUCAUGUUGUACUAUGCAUUCUGGGAUUUUUCUUGAAUCUUCGCACUUGCAUGAAUUGCAUCCUAUAUGAAAGCUAAAUCUUGGUUACAUAACUAAA